AUGACUCCCGUUCUCAAGAAGUACAAGGCCGCAGCAGUCAAUGCUGAGCCAGGCUGGUUCAACCUCGAGGAAUCGGUCCGACGAACUAUUCAUUGGAUUGAUGAAGCAGGAGAGGCAGGAUGCAAGUUCAUUGCUUUUCCCGAGCUUUGGAUCCCGGGCUACCCCUACUGGGCCUGGAAAGUAAACUAUCAGGAAAGCCUUCCGUUGCUCAAGAAGUAUCGCGAGAACAGUCUGCCAUCCGACUCGGACGAGAUGCGACGCAUCCGCCAGGCUGCCCGAAGCAACAAGAUCUGGGUGUCCCUCGGAUACUCUGAACUCGAUCUUGCAAGUCUGUAUACCACGCAGGUAAUGAUCAACCCAGCUGGAGAAAUCAUCAACCACCGCCGCAAGAUCAGAGCCACCCAUGUCGAACGCCUGGUCUUCGGUGAUGGAACCGGUGAUACCACCGAGUCGGUUAUGGACACCGAGAUUGGCCGCAUCGGGCACCUGAACUGCUGGGAAAACAUGAACCCCUUCAUGAAGGCCUACGCAGCCUCCCUUGGAGAGCAGGUGCAUGUUGCUGCCUGGCCUCUCUACCCCGGAAAGGAGACUCUCAAGUACCCGGACCCUUACACCAAUAUCGCCGAAGCCAACGCAGAUCUUGUCACUCCGGCCUACGCCAUUGAAACUGGUACUUUCACCCUUGCGCCGUGGCAGACAAUCACUCCUGAGGGUAUCAAGCUCAACACGCCACCCGGGAAAGAGCUCGAAGAUCCCAAUAUCUACAACGGAAACGGGCGAAUCUUCGGACCCGAUGGACAGAAUCUCGUUCCCCACCCGGCAAAAGACUUCCAGGGUCUUCUAUACGUCGAUAUCGAUCUCGAUGAGGCUCACCUGACCAAGGCUCUGGCUGACUUUGGCGGUCAUUAUAUGCGCCCGGAUCUAAUUCGCUUGCUUGUCGACACUAACCGCAAGGACCUGGUUGUCCACGAAGACCGAGUGAACGGAGGUGUGGUGUACACCCGGACUAUGGACCGCGUUGGACUAUCCAAGCCCUUGGAUAAUCCGGCUGCUGAAUCUGAGCAGGAGUAA